AUGGGAAAGCGCAAGAAGAGCUCCCGCAAGCCCAUGGGCCCAAAGAAGGCACGAAUCAAUCCGCUGCAAUAUCUCUCCGCUGCUGUUGAUGUGUAUGGCGAAUGGGUCGAUGCUGCUGGUAAGCUAGCUACUGCCAUCGCGAUGCGGCACGCAUUUUCUGACUUUGUGUUCCCUCUAGAUGCCGUCGCACAGGAAGAAGGCUCCGCCAGCAGGCCAAUCUACGACGGCCCAAGCCGUGUUGGUGCCCGCAAACAUGUCGACGAGGAAGACGAGGGCAAUGACUACGAGGGCGAGGGGAUUGUGGCGGAUGAUGUGAUUGACGACGACUAG